CUGUUUGGACGCACGUGCGUACAUCCUAGAUCUGCAUUCGUGAGCAGAGACAAGUUUAAACAUCGGCAAAAUAUUCGUAGACGCCUCAUAGUUGCCAAGUCCGCUUAUUAUAUGGGACUUUAAGCUUGUUUCUCUCAGAAGUCGCUUGUAAAACUCGUGAGUCGCAGGUGCGCUUUUUUUUUUGGGCUUGUUUUUAACAAGUAGUUACUUAUUUGGGCUUGCUUUUCUUUAUGUGUGAACCCCCCUGAUUUGAAGUUGAAGUUAUUGUUGGUUCAGCCCUCCAACACAGUUCAGGUUUCUCAUGUGGCCCCAUGUAAAAAAUUAAUUGCCCACCCAUGUUUUAAAGACACAUGCCAAAAACUUUACAAGAAGUGAGAAAUAUUGGCACUAUCAGCCUUCCCACAAGUGAAUAACAGAAAAGGUGCCAAUAUUUUCGGUUUCUAGAGAGACUUUACCCAAAUCUAAAAUGUUUAAGGUUGACAAAGUGGAAUUAUCCUGUUAAUUGAAACGCUGCAAAAUGUGUACGCGUUAAAACCGUGUCACACGCGAGACGAAUAAUGGCCCUCACUACCUUCCAUACACGCUCCAGUCGUCAACUCUACACACUACCUCACUGCCUAGCGUUAGCCACGAGAGCAAGGACAGCACCACGGAGUGGACAACAUUUACCACACAAACGCUCCCUCUUUUCAGACGGGUAAGUUUGCCUGCAAGCCACCUCGUUAUAAAAUAAGAGAGUGUGAGGAAGUUUUGUUCAGUGUUUAUGAAUUUCACUAGUACGUGUUGCGAUAUUAUCUGAGGCGGUAUGAUUGAAGAGCUAACGGAAGCUAAUUGGGCUAAUAGUUGUGUGGAGCCAAAAUUGCUUGCAAUGUGUCUGCUAAAAGGAGCGGAAUUUUACAUUAUUAUUGCGUAUUUGGUGUUUCCAAUUAAAGUGGUGUCGUUAGAUAAUAAAUCACUGAAUUUCUGCGUGAAGAUGAGUGAAGGGUCUGCUUUUCUGCGCCUUGGUUACGUCAAUCUUUGUCACUUUGGGAGAUGCUGCCCAAACCUUCAGCCCUGUAAACCAGUGAGCUCCGGUAACCCGUGUUCCUGGUGGAUUAUAAUUCAAUUUUCAUCUCAAUUGUUACUAUUUUAGAGAGUAGUAACAAGUCUAAAACUUGCAAAGAAGAUCGGGUCAGUCUACGUUACCUGAUGUUGACGUAAUCUCGCGAGCGGAGCGCGUUAGCUGUAACGUAACUGUAAAACAGUCACAGAAAAUUACGUUCAGUAGUGUUACCUCUGUUUAUGAAAAGAUUCAAAUCCGUUCUGAUCAUGUUACCGGUCGAUUUUAGCAGUUUUAUUUUUUUAUCCUCACGCAAAUUCAACAAGCGGAGAUACGAGUUCGCCGGGAAAUCAAGCUAGCUAACACUCAGUUGCUGCUAAGCUAGCUGCGUCGUCUGAGCAAACCUUGCAACACAACAAAUUCCUUAGAUCACAUUUCGCACUUUUAUAUCCAUCCAGUUCAUUCUAUUUGACUCAAAUGUUUUAUUUGCCGCGUAAAUUUUCUGUCUCAGUCUAGUUCCUCUCCUCUGGCAGACGUAAAGUACACGUAGCAGUCUCAGAAUGGCUGCCCUCUCCUCUCCAGGCUUCAGUCAGUUUUAUUCCUCCAAACAAGAUACAAUGAGCAAGAUCAACUCUGCUGAGACACCUAAUGCAAGUAAAUGAAGGAGCAGCUGACACGAAAAGACCCAUGUUCCUGCACAAAUGAUAAAAGUGUAGUAGUUUAAGCAGCUCUGCAGUAAUUCAAUGCGUUUAAUUCAACGGUGAUUUAUUGUUAACAGGUGCAGGUGCCAAAAUAUCCAGGAGCAAAGACGGAUCCACGAUGUUGAACCCGACCAACGGUGACCCGAGCCAUGUUGUUGUUAAUUAUGUUGAGGAGUAUCUGGACCUGGUGGAGUCACUGCCUUUUGAUUUGCAGAGAAGUGUGUCUCUUAUGAAGGAAAUCGAUGCAAAGUAUCAAGGUAAGGAAGCUGGACUGAGUGAACUGAUGUGCAAGAUCCAAAUCUUUGUUUGACCGUAAGAACUUUAAACUGAAGCACUCAAUCCUCAGUUUAAUACAGUUCAACUGUUUGCUUUGCGUUUAUCGAAACUGUGCAUGAGAAACACUUCACAGAGACAUGUAUGCAGCUUUUAUUUUAAGACUUAUCUGUUCGCAGAUCUAUUCUAUCUUCUAGUGAGAUGCAUGCAGCGCUCAGGGGGUGAGACUUGCAGAUUUUGCAAAGCUACCUCAGUGUGUGGAUGUAUGCAGUGUUUAAAAUGAUGGGUCCACAGUGUAAUGUUUGUCUUUUGUGAUGCAUUAAUAGGAUAUUCCAGAGUAAACUUAAUUUAGGUCAAAAACACUGCAACACUGAGUUUAGACACCUUCUCAAGAGAUGAAUGUUGCCGAUCACAGCGGUCUGAGGAGCCAUAAACAAACCUCAACCGAAACGCCUCUCUAAAAUCACAAAUAAUGCUCAGAACAGCACCUAACUUCAUCAACAGUACAUAUAGGGUCCCAGCCAUAGUACUAGCCACCAAACACCUUUUUAGCUUUGCCUGAUUUCUUUAGCAAAGAGACUAAACACAACUCACCUACUCUCUUCCAGCAGCCGCUUGUUUGUAGCGAGACCUCAGAUGAGUCCAUUACAGACUGCAGCGGGGUGAUGCAACUCAAGAAAGAACAUUUAUGAUGAUUUCUUUAUCAUUUCCUUGAAGUAAUAAUCAUCAUAUUGAUCCCUGCACUGCAUUUGCACUUCAGACGCGGUAGUUCUUCUGCCUUAGCGUCUCGGUCUGAUGGCAUUUCCAUGAAGAAAUGAUCAUAAAUGUUCUUCCUUGAGCUGUGAAACUCCCCUGUAGUCUGUAAUGGACUGGCCUGAGGUCUCGCAACAAACAAGCAGCUGCUGGAAGAGAGUAGGUGAGUUGUGUUUUGUCUCUUUGCAAAAGAAAUUAGACAAAGCUAAAAAGAUGUUUGGUGGCUAGCACUAUGGCUAGGACCCUAUAUGUACUGUUGAUGAAGUUAGGUGCUGUUCUGAGCAUUAUUUGUGGUUUUAGAGAGGCGUUUCAGUUGAGGUUUGUUUAUGACUCCUCAGACCGCUGUGUAUUGCUAUCCUGCGGUCGUUACUAAAGUUGGUAUAACUAGAAAAGCAAGCGGUCGGCAACAUUCAUCUCUCGAGGGGGUGUCUAACUCAGUGUUACGGUGUGUUGUACCCUAAAUUAAUUUUUCACCAGAAUGUCCCUUCAAUUUAUAUGAAGAUGUGUUUGAUAUAGUCAGUCUGUCUUUAUUGACUUUCACUAAACUUAUUGUUCCUCCUAAACUGCAUUAUACAACUGAAGAGAGCAUAAUAGCCAUUGUCUUUUAUCUAAAAAAAGUAUUGGUCCAGUAUGCCAAAUGAACUUGCUAUUAAAGGUGAUAACUUUUCCUGUUAUAGUUUUUAGAUUGAAAAUUCACUGUUCCUGCCUCUUCUUUGUUUUUUAUUCAUACAACAUAUGUCUUUUGUAGAUGUUCUCAAGGAGCUUGAUGAUUGUUACGAACGUUAUCGUCGAGAAUCUGACGUACUUCAGAGGCGAAAGCUUCAGGGAUCCAUUCAGAGGGCGCUGAUCCGCAGUCAAGAGCUCGGGGAUGAGAAGAUCCAGAUCGCUGGUCAAAUGGUACGAAAUGAACCCUGAGUCUUUACCCUGUAGGAGCUGCUCACUGCCAGACCUUGUGGUUUCAGUGUGCUUUUACUGUAGAGGAAUGCUAAUCUACAGUAUUUGUAUGCAGAAAUGUAAACUGAAUGGAUAAAAAGGGAAAAAGAGAGGUUUAUAGCUUCACUUAAUGACAUUUAAAAGCCCUGUGUGUGGGUGUAAUAGGUUUUCCAUUUUACAGGCAUUUUAAUUGAACUGGAAACAGUCCCAGGAAAGUCCUCGUGGAACAUUUAGAGGACGCCAGCUUUAAACACUGGAUCCUCUUACAAUAGUUUCACACUGAAGGGUUACCAGACACAUAACACCAUAUUUAACCUUACUGUUUUAACAUGUAUGUGGAUUGACUGAAAGAUGAUGCAGCUCUUGUAUAACUGCGGUGUGCAAUAAACUUUGCACGUAUUAUUUUUAAACACUCCUCUACUUUUUUUAUUUUCCAAGGCGCAGAUAAACCACAUUAAAGUGGCAUUGCAUGAUAUAAUGGGAUUGAAAAUAUUACAGUACAACUUGAGGGUUUACUCUGCAAGCUUUUGGUCGUUUUCCAGCAAGUGAAGCUUUUCAGUAAAUAUGAUUGUUUUGGUUUUUUUUCUCUCAGGUGGAGCUGGUGGAGAACCGGACACGACAAAUCGACUGGCAUUCUGAACUUCUCCUCUCCUCUCAUGAAGUCCCAGAGAGCCACGUCCCCACCGCAACAUCGAUGACAACCACUGCAGCGUCCAUGAUGUCAUCAGUAGCAGCAGCCACCAUCACUCCGGGAAAAACCAGCCACCAUGACAAGAAGCGGGAUGAGGUCACCCCAGGCUCGGGUGGUGGAGACAAGACGGGAGGGAAACGCUCAAGGCGCCAGAAAAACGGGGAAAAUCGGGAAAGUUACGGGGGACUGGAGCACGUCGAGGAUGUGGGAGUGGGAGCGUCUCGAGAAAAGAGAGCCAAAACAUCUUCAAAGAAGAAGAAAAGGUCAAAGGGGAAGUCUGAGAGAGAAGUGUCCCCUCCAGAUCUGCCCAUUGAUCCAGACGAGCCGACAUACUGCCUGUGUGAGCAGGUGUCAUACGGAGAGAUGAUCGGCUGCGAUAACGACGAAUGUCCCAUAGAGUGGUUUCAUUUCUCCUGCGUCGGGCUCCAUCACAAGCCAAAGGGAAAGUGGUACUGCCCCAAGUGUAGGGGGGAGAAUGAGAAAACUAUGGACAAGGCCUUGGAGAGGGCCAAGAAGGAGCGAGCUUACAACAGGUAGCUCCGUCCACCUGUUCUGAUGAACACUAUUGCCUACAACGUCUUUUUGUCUCGUCUUUGUUCCAUUUACCGUCAGUGCUGUUCAAAUGAAAAUGCUGAGAAGGAUGUUGUAAAUAGUUAUUUUUGUAACUGCUGUAUAGCUCAGAACAAGAGUAUACCUCCCCUGGUGUGGAUUAUUUGUAACCAAUGGACACAGUCCAACACAAACCUGCAUGUAACCAGCUGUCCUGCACUUAACAUCCCCUUUCUUUUCAACAUGCAUGCAACAUCAACCCAUUUCAGUAUUUGUGCUCAGUUAACAAAUAAAACAUUUGAUGAAAAAGUAUCAUUAUUGAAAUUUAAAGUGUAGAGUUUGAGAGGUUGUUGAAGGUGAAGGCACAGAGCGAAUAAUGGCUUCAAUAGUUUAUCAGCGUUCACUGACUGUUCCCUCUGUGCCCCAGUGUUACAAAAACAGGGGAUGUAGGUUUUAAGAACAAGUUUACACUCAUUGCCCAAGUGACCAGUAGUACAUUGAUCUCUUGGCCAAUACUGGUCAUGAUGAGCUCACCUCCUACAGUGAUAUGUAAUGGGGCCCAAAAUCCAAAGUCCUUGUUUUGUGCUCGAACUGCUCAAAUUCAGCAAAAGCCGAUUCAAGACCCAACUGAUUACCUCUCAAAUUAAGUCUUUGGAGGGAAAAAAAAUCAUGAAAGUGGACAGCAUCGCUGAUGAGCCUUUAUAGAGUUGAAAUAAAGUUACAAACUCUGGAAAAGUGCUGGGAAAACCGCAUAAAUCCGACGAGGGCUGUCCCUCAGUGUUCUGCUGUGUUACAUAAGAAAAAGCUGUCAAUCACAGACAGCAAGAACAAUUACACAGAAACAAUACAUCUUUAUAUAAAAUGGGCCUGCAGGCAGCUGAAAGCAAUAACAUUCAUACCUACACAGGCUGAAUAAAUAUGAGUGUUUCGUAACACUUCACACUUUAAAUCUGCAUAAAAUGAACUGAUCGACUGCUCAUCAUGUCAACCGAAAGUUAUUUUAAACAGAAGUUAGGCCUAAGUGAAUUAAAUUAUGAUUGAAUUUGAUGGAUGUCAAAAGAUUUUCGGCUUUGAAUCUUUUAAUAGUUUCCUCAGAGGCUCUUCUAGUCUGUCAGGUUUCAGAAUCAAUAAUUAGGCAACAAGAUGGUAAUGCUGCUCUUGCCAAGAUGAAGCAGUGUUACAUGAUACUAUUACAUAGAGGGAGAAGAAUAUAUUUGGAUAUAAGACCAGUCUAGCUAGUAGGCCUUCUUCCUUAAUCUCCAAAAAUAACCAAGAUGUAGAACUGGUGUUAACUCUUUCCAGGUAAAGUGGUUAAAAAAACAGUCAAAGUAAGAAACUAAAGGAUGAAUUUGCCUUUUUUGUUUUAUUUACAAGUGCUGAAAAAAAUGACAUGGGAGACAACCAGUGCAAAAUCUGUACAUAAAUUCAGUUGCAGGUUUUCUUAUAUACAUGAGUACUGAACAGGAACGUGAAUACACUCUUUCUGUCAUGCAUGUAACAGAGUUCACAACACAGCAAGACACACAGUGUAAAGAUGUCAGAUUUAGUACAAGUCUGUGGUGCUUUGGGCUGCUCGUUCUCCACAGAAAAGGUGGGGUGAUGGAGAGCCCAGAAAAAACUGCCUGAUGGGAACAAACUGACAGAGAGGGACCGGAGCACAACAGAAAAAGGAGCCAUGACGAUACAUCCUCCAAGACAUUUCACAUGAUUAGUCAUGGGGAGUUACUACAGCAAGUUAGAACACACCAGAAUUUUCGGGUAACGGCCCACAAGUCCAUACUGACAAAACAACAAGGCAAGAUUCAGCACAUUUCCCCUGAAAUGGAAAAAAAAAAAAGUGGAUGAUAGAAAAAAUAAAUCCCUCUUGGCGGGCAAAAAGAAAACAUUCUAUGAAGGGAAGUUGGGGGUAAAGUGCAUAAAAGCUUAAAAUCAAAAAAGGUGGGAGGGGGCCCAAAAAUUAAGAGGUACUCCACUAAAACUUGCAGCACACACAGUUUGACAAUGAAGAGCGAGGCUACCAGGAUUGUCAGGUCAACUGUCUCUCCAGCUUUGUUCUACAAUGGCGGACACACGUUUCUCAUACUCCCGCUUGUUCUCCUGGUACAGCUGAGCUGCCUGACUGUUGGCUGGACUGUUGGGGUUUGGCUCAUCAAGCAGAGACUGAGAAAAAGAAGAACAACACUUAAGGUGAGAAUGCAUAAACCAAUUCUUCUUUGUCCACCAAUUCAUAGCUACUAUGCAACAUUGUUUAAUUUGAUUCAAAGAAAAUAUAUGUCGUAGCUUGUCGUUUGGCAGUAUAGUCACUUAUUUUAGUCUUUAUCACCUCAAAGUCAGCAACUAUGUGGUAGUCAAAGCUCUCCAGUGUCUUUGGUUCACUCCUAUUGUUUUUACCACUGUAAACUUCAAAUUUUAAUGCAUUUCUCACACGUCGUUUCUAACUGUUCAUUGACAAGUCUUACCUGGAUAGAUGUGAGAAUUGAAGAGACAUCGUAGGUGGGACUCCAACGGUUUUGUAGGAUAUCCAAACAUAUACUGCCAUCUGCAUAGACUGUGGAUGAAAAAACAAUGAGACACUGCCCACAGCUUUAAUAUUAUAAAAGGGUCAUAAAGAUACUGAAAACUCUUACCAUUCGGAUGAAACAUUUUGGACACAAAUCGGACUGUGGGGGGUUUGUUGGGGUAUUCUUCUGUGAACUCUACAAUGAGUUUAAAUGUACCUUGAGAAAAAGACACACAAAAAAUAAGCUGCUGAAUCUGGAUGUGUUUAUGGUAUGGUGUGGCUCUUUUUUCUACCAAUUUAAAAUACUGAUGUACUGAAGUUAUGUCCAUUGAUACACAAAUUCAACACAAAAUUAAAUCAAGUGAGAAUACCUUUCUACAUAAAAAUGAACCUGAAAACACAGUCAAUUCUUACCAUCUUCAAAAGGAGUUCCUUCAGGGCUGUGAUGUUAGAGGAAAAAAAGAAUCAGUGGUCAUUAAUCUUGUACCUAAUGUUUACAAUUGUAUUUGCCGUCAUUAAGAUGAUGUCUUAAGCACCUUACCCAAAUAUGACAGCGUUCCACACCAUGAUGUUAUUCUCAGAUGGGGCACCACUGACACCGGCUGGAGGGUCUUCUUGUAGCCUAAAACACAACAAAAACAACACAUCUUUAGAAGAAUGUUGUCAAUGAACGGCUUCUCUAACCUUAACCCACAGUCAAAAAAACAGGAAGUGGCUUAUCGGUGGCAAAAUCUCUGAAGAGGCUCAGCUACCAGUCUUAUGUCCAAAGACAUGAUGCAGAACCACCAGCUAACGCCUUUGAACUGCUGGUGCUGCCCCUUUGUGUCAGACAGAGGACUGCUGGCAGGUACCUGUUUUCAAAUACCAGCCUAAUACCAGCUACUUUGUGGUAUGCCGCAGGCUACUCUUUGAUCUUACUGUCACUUCAUUACAUUACAUUUUAAUCAUCAUUAUGAUUCGUUUGUCACUUUUGGUUGUACCACUUGCACAUGCAACUCUUGUGAAGUGAAACGUUUUCUAAAAACCCCUUUAAAUGUUAAGUAUUAGAGGCCAAGAAUGACUUUUGUAAUGUUACUCGUAACCCUACAUAGUAUGAAUACAUAGACCCAAACAUUGUGACCAUGUAAAAGCCUUGUUUCCUUAAAUUCUGGGAAACUAAUGAAGAAUCAGAGUUUAAAGAAUUUAGGAGCAGCUUUGUCAUUUUAGGUGUUCAAUUGAAAAUUUCUUACUCUUUUCUUACCGGUUUUCAUUUAGUACAGUACAUGACAAUCUACAGGAAGUAGCAUGUGAUUCAUUUCAAAAUUCAAGCAUGCUUAAAAGGUCCUUUCACACCAGGACCGUUUUUUUUCGUGCGAUUAUUUCGGACGUCAACAUUUUUUUCGAGCCCGUAUCCUGUCAACACAAGCGUUCACAUCAGCGACGUUUUCCCAUCCUGCGAUAUUGCGGCACUUAUUUUUUCGGAUCACGGUUGAUUUUUCUUAAGUUUCGCAUACUGUGUAUCCAUUUCUGACCAAUCAGAUUGCGUGUUGUUGCGAUGUCUGAUUCGGUAUAUCCAACAUGGCCGACCGGCUGAUUGUUUACGUGUCGGAGAACAGGGUGCUUUUUGAAAAAAGACACAAACAUUACAAAGAUAACGACCUGAAGGACAACAUAGCGUCGGAUCUCUCAUAUGACGAUGGUUUGUGUGCUUUAACAGUUUGCUAAACGUCUUUGUUUUAACUUUCAUCUGUGCUAACGGUUGUUACCAUAGUUUUAUGUGCUUAUCUCAUCGCCUCUGAUUGGCUAUAAGUGCUGACUGUUUGGUCAAUCAGAGGCUGAAGAGGCGGGACUUUCCCCGGGAAGCGUCUGUUCCCCCCCAGGAAGUCGCAAAAUUGCAUCGGGCUUGAUGUGUAUAGUCAGGAGCGUCAAAAUUCGCCUCAUGGUAUUUUAGUAAUUUUUGCGUUCUAUAUUUGCGUGGGCCCCAGUGUGUAAGGACCUUAAGGUUUUGUUAGUGAAGUUUACAUAGUUAGGUGUUGCUCUACCUUUGUCCUGUCUUUCCUUCAUUUGACUGGUUUUCUAUUCCCUAGAUUUCCUGCACAAUAUCAUAAUCCCAAAUUUUUUGGGGCCAGGAUAUACCUGAGGUGAAAAUGUGACAGCCCAUAUUAAUAACACUUGAGUAAAUUAAGAUUCAGAGAACUAAAAAAGUAGUAAAUACAACUUAAAUCAGUCACCUUGUUGAAAAGCAACCUAAGAACAGAUGUGAUAACCCUGUUGUUUUAAUACACAGUUUCAUAAUCAUAAGUCUACCACUAAAAUGUAAGGUUUUGACUAAGAAACACCAAUCACAAACUCAUCACUUCAAAUCUGAAUAUUUGUUCACAUUCCCAGACAGCUCAUUAAGUCCAGCUCGUGUCUGUUUCUGCGCUAACUUAACCACUCCCAAUACCUGGCUACCACCCAAACCCUGCGCCGUUCACGUCACAAAAGGUGUCUCAUGGUAUCAUCAGAGACCUGGAGGUUAUGAAACACAAUCUGAGAUGAAAACUUGUUUAAGAAACCUGAAGUAUACCGGCUCACUCAGAGUAAGGUAAAAACAGAAUGUGUUUAAGACUGAAUAAAGGACUAUUCCACCAUAUAAUUAGGCUGUAACAUGAGGACUUAAGUCGUUUGACUUCAGGAAAUAAAGACUUAUCAUUGUAGCUGCCUCUCGGGCUCUAAGUUAUGACUUUAAACACUGUGUACUGGUCUGAAAUUUUAAGAUAACACUCUUAGAAGUUGAAUUUCUUUGUGUAGCAUUCCUACCAAGCUGUAAAAGCAUCAAAGUUUAGUGAUCUUAGGUGGCAUAGUAGCAUAGCUAACGAAAGCUGUUGUUGGCCAGCAACGUAGAGUGAUGACACGUUAUUUUUUAACACAGACUUAAAUCCACAAAUUGUACAUGUAAGCUACGAUGAAUAACAUAUGUUUCAGCUCCAAGUCAUAAACACAGGCAAGUUAAAA